GAGACUAUGGUAGAGUUUCCAGAGGAAGGUGGAGACAUUGGGUAUUUGGGUGGGGUUCCAUAUGAAGGACAUUGCAGGGAAGGCUUCUACAAUGGAAUUCCAUCCAUCAGCUUCUCAAUUGAAGAUGAAGAAAAGCUGGAGAGCAAGCUGGGGUUUUCAGCUGUUGGGAGAUUCCACAAAGAUCUUCAUCUUUCAGUUUUAAAAUUAUUUUUACUCAAGCUGGGAUUUGGGGCUUUCAAGAUUAGAAGAAUCAACUCCAAGGACGUCUUAUUCACAUUCAAAGCAGAGGAAGAUUACAUCAGAUUCGUUAGGAAACAUAAAUGGUACGUUUAUGAUACAUCUUUCUAUGUUUUCAAAUGGACUAGAGAUUACAAUCCCAGGGCAGAUUCUCCUAUUUUCCCAGUCUGGGUGUCUUUGGAUCCCUUGCCUCUGCACCUCAUUGACUACCAGGCACUAUUCUCUAUUGCUUCUCUGCUGGGUCGACCUGUUAAAAUGGAUGAUUACACCGUUAAUAGAGAUAGAAGGGAGGGUGCUAAAAUAUGCAUUGAACUUGAUUUAUCAGUCUCACCUCCACCAAAGCUUCAUAUCAGAAUGGGGGGCAAAGAUUUCUUUACCAACUGUACGUAUGAGGAUAAGCCACUUUUCUGCAAUCUGUGCUCACUCCUGGGUCAUAAGGAAAGCCAACAUAAUCAUGCUCAAAAAUCUCAGGAUACCGGAAAUCUUCCCUCCGGCAAGGUUUCAGGGGGCACUGCCAAAGGGAAUGGUGAACAAUGGCAAACGGUCAAAAACAAGAAGACAAAAGUACAACUCCAGUCACAAGCAGACAGAACGAAUGGGAAAACACUGCAGCAUGGGCCCAAAAAAUUUGAGUGGAAAGUUAAAAACACUAAACUCCAUCCUAAUAGGUUUUCCCCUCUAAACCUGAUGGAUAACACUGUCACACAGUUGGGCCCAACCAUAAUGGAUCCCAUGCAGCAAGAGUCCCCAUCCUGUCAACUCUUGGAUUUACAACCCCUGGUCAGUACCUCCCCAGGAGAAAAAUCCUCCUCCUUUUUUCCCUCCCUCCAGGAAGCAAGGGAGUAUUUCUACAAGAAAACAACCUACUUGAAGGAUAAGCCACAACAGGUGAAAGCUGAUAGGAAAAAUACACCUUUUAUGGGGUCAACAUACUCAUUGGAUGACUGUCUUCAUAAUCUUUCCCCUGAAAAAGGCUUAGCAAUGUUAGUGGAAGAACUUCAACAUUCCACCCAAACAGAAGAGGAAGAAAAUCAUACAGAGAUGGUCAGGCACUCAGAUGAUGAUGAAGUUGAAUAUGUUAGAGACUCAUCAGAGCUAAAGCCACAAAGCUUUAAAAUACCAGAAGCUAAUGCCAUUCCAAUCUCUGCCCCUAGGAGGAAGAAAAACAAGAAGGAUGGACCCUUAAUGACAAUUGUUACAAGAAGCCAUAAGGGCCAUAAAGACUUUAAUAAAUAUUAUGCUUCUUCAAAUAACAAAAUAUGGGUCUUCUGGUCAGAGAUUCAUCUUACCUUAUCCAAUAUUGAGGAGGAUGUUCAGUGGGUCAACUGUGAUCUUAUGGACACCAUCACAAAGGAAAAUCUUAGAAUUACAACUGUCUAUGGGAGACAUACUGGUCAGGAAAGGAGGGAAUUAUGGGCUGGACUAGUCAAGCUCAUCCCUAUGAGUAAAUGGAUUGUGGGGGGAGACUUCAACACAGUUGCAGACUACUCAGAGCAUGAUGGCAAAAAUCAUCCCAACGCUAGAGACAUGGAGGAAUUCAAAGCUUGCAUCAGCUCUUGUGGUCUCACUACUCCCCACACAAUAGGUUCCUUGUUUACUUGGUCGAGUAAUAGAAGUAAUGGCAGGGUCAUGAGGAGACUUGAUAGGGUUUUGGUCAACAACAAGAUGCUGGAGGAAUUUGAAGAUAUCUCUAUCAUGCAUCUUAGCAAAACAUCCUCAGACCAUAAACCCUUACUCCUCCAGUGUAAGAAGGAACCUUUGGGAGGCCUUAAGCCAUUCAGGUUUCUAGAUGCCUGGCUAAACCAUCCUACUUUCCUUAAAGUGGUUACAGACUCCUGGGAUAAAACUAAUCAACAUGGAGGCAUGGAAGGACUGGCUAGAAAACUCAAAGAGCUUAAAGGACAUAUCAAGGAGCGGAACACCAAAACAUUUGGUAAUAUUUUCAGUAAAUUAAAGGGGGCAGAGCAAACAGCAAUUCAAGCACAGGAAAAUUUUGAAAAAGAUCCUAGUCCUGCAAAUAGAGAACAGGAGAAUAAAGCUAAAGCUCAACUAAUCCUAGCUACAGAUUAUGAACUCAGCUAUUGGAAGCAAAAAGCCAAUAUCAAGUGGAUGGAGGAAGGAGAUUGCAACUCCAAGUUUUUCCAUGCAUUUGUCAAGGGUAGGAGAGCUAAAAACCAAAUCAGAAGGAUUGUGGACAUCCAAGGGAAAGAGCACACAGAUAGAGAGGUUAUUCAUAAUAUGGCUAUUGACUACUACAACAAUCUCUUCAACUCUAAGAAAGAUAUUGUUACUACUCCUGUUCUUGAUUACCUGGAGACAGUGAUUACACAAGAGGACAAUGCCAAGCUCAGCAAAAUACCAACAGCAGAGGAGAUUAGGGAGGCAGUGUGGAGUAUUAAUCCUAAUAGUGCUCCUGGCCCGGAUGGGUUCAAUGGAUCCUUCUUUAGGGCAGCAUGGCAUAUUAUUCAAAAUGAUGUGAUAAGUGCUACACAGGAGUUUUUCAUUGGGAUCAAUCUGCCAAAGAGUUAUGGUAGUACUUUUCUAUCCUUGAUCCCUAAGAUUGAUAAUCCUAAGAGCUUUGGAGACUAUAGGCCCAUUUCACUCUCCACCUUCAUGAGUAAAGUAAACACUAGAAUACUUGCAGACAGGAUUCAACAGUUGCUACCCAAGAUUAUUUCUUCAGAGCAGACUGGCUUCCAAACAGGGAUGGGGGUUGACGAACAAAUACUUUUGGUGGAAGAGAUGGUUCACAAGAUUGAUUCUAAGAUCAGAGGAGGCAAUGUCAUUAUCAAAUUAGAUAUGGCCAAGGCUUUUGACAACUUGGAGUGGGACUACAUACAGGGGAUCUUAAAGAAACUUGGGUUUUCAGAACACAAUCAGGGACUUCUCCUAGCUAACCUCAGGGGUACACACAUCUCCAUAAUGAUUAAUGGGAGCCCUAAAG